AUGUUUUUGAUUUUCAAAGCUGCAGAAUGUGAAGCGCGUUGGGCUACCCUUCGAAACUUGUUUACGAGAGAAUCGAAAAAAGUUAAAGUGGUACCUUCUGGUUCAGGUGGAAAGGGAAAGACGUGGGUUUGGUUGGAGGAAAUGGGGUUUCUCUCUGAAUAUGUUCGAAGAAGGAAGACAAAAGGUAAUGUAUCGAAACCUCUACAAAGUCAGAAAAUAGAAGUUUCGAGUCAAUCUGAUAAUGUAUGGGAUACCAUGUCUGAAAUAUUUAAUACAAAUGAACCACAACAUAUUGAGGAAGCAGGGCAUGAUGAAAAUCUUGAUCCCAUGUCAGAUAUUGAGCUAGUCAGUGAUGAUGCAGAGCCAGAAAGAACUGCCACAGGAAAAAGAAAAUUGAACCAUGAAGAACCUCUUCCUGGUACCUCAACUUCAACUAAACCUGCCAAAAAAUCUUCACCAUCUAUUAGCAUUUUGCGAAAUGAGCGCCACGAGAAGAGGAGAAAGAUUAGUCAGCAAUCAACACUCAUUGAAACAAUGAAUAGUGCUUGGACUAAAUUUGACAAAGUUAUUAACCAAAGCAGCCAAAAAGAGGAACAACCUGAUUGUUUAUUCGGAAGAAUGGUGGCUGCUGAAUUAGGAAGCAUUGAAAAUAUCAACGUCAAAUUCACUGCCAAGCAGGAAAUAAUCAAGAUUCUCCACCUGGCAAAAAAUGAACAGAUGCAAUAA